AAAAGAAAAGGAAUAAAAUACAUAUCAAAAGAAGAAUUUAUAGGAGAAAAUUCAUUCAAAAGUUGGAGUAAUUAUAUGAGGGCAUUAAAAGAGAUACCAAAAAGAUUAAUAAAUAGAAUAGUGAGUAGAUCCCAAGAUGAAUAUGAAUUACAUGAAGUAAAAGAACGUAGUCAAUAUGAGAUGAUGAAAAUAUUGGAAGGUUGGGAUUUAAUUUGGUUUGGUGUUGGAUCUUUAAUUGGUGCUGGUAUUUUUGUUCUUACUGGUAUUCAAGCUAAACGACAUGCUGGUCCUGCUGUUGUCUUGUCGUUUUUGGUUGCUGGAUCUUCUGCUAUGCUUUCUCUUUUGUGUUAUGUUGAAUUUGCUGUUGAAAUUCCUGUUGCAGGUGGUUCAUUUGCAUAUAUAAAAGUUGAGUUAGGAGAAUUUGUAGCAUUUAUAGCAGCAGGAAACAUUCUAAUGGAGUAUAUCUUAAGUGGGGCCGCAUUAGCAAGGGCGUGGACAUCAUACUUUGCUACAUUAUGUGAUUAUACUCCUGAUGAAUUCAGAGUUUUAGCACCAAAUCUUAGUAAAAACUACAACCAUUUAGAUCCUAUUGCUGUUGUUGUUAUUGCUGUUGUUUGUGUAUUAGCGGUUACUAGUACAAAAGUAUCUUCUAGAGUUAAUGUCUUUGCAUCCAUCAUUCAUAUGGGUGUUAUCAUUUUCAUCAUCAUUUUCGGGCUUACGAAAGCUAAUAUAUCGAAUUAUAAACCCUUUAUACCUUAUGGGUUUGAAGGGGUGUUUCGAGCUUCAGCUGUUUUAUUCUUUGCGUUUGUUGGGUUUGACGCGAUUUCAACUAUGGCCGAAGAAACCAAAAACCCUGCUCAAGAUAUUCCAUUUGGGUUAAUCGGGUCCAUGGUUAUUGCUAUUAUAUCGUAUUGCUUUUUAGCAAUUACGCUUUGCCUUAUGCAACCUUACUUUGAACUUGAUUCUGAUGCUCCAUUCUCUGUUGCUUUUCGUAAUGCUGGCUUUGGAUGGGCUAAAUAUGUUGUGGAUAUGGGCGCACUUAAAGGAAUGAUUACUGUUUUGCUUGUAAAUGCUAUUGGACAAGCUCGUUAUUUGACUCAUAUAGCGCGGACCCAUAUGUUACCACCCUGGUUUGCUCAAGUUAACAAAAGUUUUGGUACUCCCGUUAAUGCAACAGUAGUAAUGUUACUUAUUACUGCUAUAAUUGCAUUAUUUACAGAUCUGAUUGUUCUUUCCAACUUAUUAUCUAUCUCAACAUUACUCAUAUUCCUAAUGGUUCCUGUUGCACUGUUAGUACGGAGAUACUAUCGUGCUAACGAAACUACAUAUACAAAUCUUAUUACGUUAUUGUUUUGUAUUGCUUUCAUAUUUUGCUCCGCGAUUGCAAAUGUUGUUCUUUGGAAUCGUAAGGAUUCUAAUUGGAAAGGCUAUAUUGUUACGUUAUCGAUUUGGUUCAUAUCCACGUUAGGACUAAAAGUAUUUGUACCACAAGCUAGAUAUCCUAAGGCAUGGGGUGUUCCUUUUAUGCCGUGGGUGGCUUCAGCUUCGAUUUUCAUCAACAUAUUUCUUCUCGGAUCGAUAGAUAAGGAUUCGUUUGUGAGAUUUGGAAUAUGGACAAUAAUUCUUAUUGUCUAUUAUCUAUUGUUUGGAUUGCAUGCAUCAUAUGAUAUCUCAAAAGCCAUGGAAGAAAAGCAAGCGCAAGAUGUUCAUAAUAUAACGAUCAUAGAGCAAGUUGAUUAUCAUUCUUGA